UCCGGACAGAAUCAUUGCAGCUUUGUGUUUGCCCAGGAUCAUCCUUUCGCAGUAAUUUGGCAAGAAGGGAUUGUUCGAGUGAAAUACAUCUGUAUGGAUGACUUUCGCAUCAGCAAGUACUGUGACGAACGCUUAAUUAUCGGCAAUGAAGACCGGUGGGAGCGACGAAGGAACAACCAACGGCCAAAUAGAGAGCGCGACGUUUCCGGCUUUGGGACGACGGCUGCGAGCAUCAAAAGUGGCGAUGCCCCGCAGGACUAUGCUGUCAACAGUGCCAACAACCCGGUCGGUUUUGCCGAGGAUAGAAAUCAGUGGAACUACGACGAUAAGAACUACUCCGAUGAUGACAACGGCGACGGCGACGGUGACGACGGUUCGAAUGAUGACGAACCCGAAGAGUACGGUUAUGAUGACAAUGACCCUAGAGGUGAACCUCGGGCGGAAGCGCUGCAACAGGGCCAGCAGCAAAUCCAGCAGAUGCAUUCGUUCCAUAAUCUGAAAAUCCUGAAAGCGCUACCGGGCGAGGAAGUGGCAGUUAAUGAGACGGAAAAUCGGCGGAAGCUAGACGCGGAUGCGGCCAACCGGCAGAGCCACAGGCAGCGGCAGAAAGUUUUUUCCCAGGUAGGUGGCACUUUUGUUUCUCAGUAG